UAAUUAUAUGCUGAUGAUUCCAAAAUCUGUGUGUCCAUUCUAGAUUUUCCUCCUGGGUUCCUGACCCACUGAUUCAUUGGCUUCUCAGAAGUUUUCUCCUGGAUGCCACACAGAUUCUGAGACCAAAAAUAAGAUGAAAGAUUGGAAGACAAAGAUGGAAAUUUCUGAAGAAAAAGAUUCAGCAAGGGCUGUAUCAGAAAGACUCCAAAGACAGAUCUCCCAGGAAUGGGGGUUAGUUGAAACUGGUGAUCCUGAGGACAGGUUAUUGAGGUAUUGGGUAAGCCCCUUAGAGGAUGCAGUGGGAUAUCCCCCUUCCCAAGAGAGAGGUAUCAGGGAAGUGAAUCUGAUCCCCAAGAAAGCCAUUGCAGGAGAGAGAGUCCAUGGAUGUAAGGAAAGAGAAAAAAUACUUUCUGCAGGAGAAAGACCCCACAGACAUGAAGUCUGUGGCCAGAGCUUCAAACAGAAGUCAGAAGUAACUGAACAUCAGAAAACUGGUAAUAUAAAGAAAACCUAUGAAUGUAAGGAAUGUGGAAAAACUUUCAAUCGGAGCUCAAACCUGAUUGUACAUCAGAGAAUUCAUACAGGGAAGAAACCAUAUGUAUGUAGUGAAUGUGGAAAAGACUUUAAUCAAAGUUCAAAUCUUAUUAUACAUCAGAGAAUUCAUACAGGAAAGAAACCUUAUAUAUGUCAUGAAUGUGGAAAAGACUUCAAUCAGAGCUCUAACCUGGCCCGACAUAAGAGAAUACAUAACGAUGAGAAUCCCUAUGAAUGUAAAGACUGUGGAAAGGCCUUCAAGGGAAGCUCGAACCUUGUCCUGCACCAGAGAAUUCACAGUGGAGGGAAGCCAUAUGUAUGUAAUGAGUGCGGGAAGGCCUUCAAUCAAAGUUCAGAUCUUAUUAUCCAUCACAGAAUUCACACUGGAGAGAAACCCUAUGAAUGUUAUGAAUGUGGACAAACCUUCAGUCAGAGUUCACACCUUGUCACACAUCAGAGAAUUCAUACUGGAGAGAAACCCUUCAAGUGCAACACCUGUGAAAAGGCCUUCAGGCAGCGUUCACGCCUCACAGAACACCAGAGACUCCACAGUGGGGAGAGACCCCAUGAAUGUCACAAAUGUGGGAAAUCCUUCAGUGGGCGCACAGCCUUUCUUAAACAUCAGAGACUACAUACUGUAAAGGAACUUGAAUGUGAAAAAGCCUGCACUUCUGACUUAGCUCUUAUCCAACAACAGAGAAUUCACAGGGAAGAAAAACCUUAUGAAUGUACUGAGUGUGGAAAAACUUUCCGGGGAAGUUCAGAUCUAAUUCGGCAUUGGAUAACUCACACUGGAGAGAAACCCUAUGAAUGUAAUGAAUGUGGGAAAGCCUUUAGCCAGAGGUCACACCUUGUUACACAUCAGAAAAUUCACACUGGAGAGAAACCCUAUCAGUGCAAUGAAUGUGGGAAAGCCUUCCGGCAGCGUUCACUCCUUGUCCAGCAUAACAGAAUCCACAGUGGUGAGAAACCCUAUGAAUGUAAGGAAUGCAGAAAAGCCUUCAUCUGGCACACGGCUUUUCUCAAACAUAAGAGACUUCAUACUGGAGAGAAACUUGUGGAAGGUGAAAAAAACAUUUAGCAAGGAAGAGUUGCUUAGAGAAGAGCGGAGAAUUCGCCAAGAAGUGAAAGCUUAUCAGUGCAAUCAGUGUGGUAGAACUUUCCGAGGCAGCUCAGACCUCA